UUUUUUAUUUUUUAUUUUUUGGUGGGUGGCUGUCACAAAUUUGUUCUUUUUGAAUCUCACAUACAUUUGUGUUGUGUAGCACAGGCUAUAUAAUGUUUAAUGUUGAACUGCAGGAUAAGACGUCUGUUCCCUAUGAACCUGUUUACAGUGAUGCUAAAGCAAGAUUUCUUAAAGAGUACAGAUUUGAUAUCUCAAAAUUGGAGCCAUUGGUGGCAAAGCCUCAUUCUCCAGAUAAUCGUGCUUUAGCAAGAGAAUGCAAAGAUGUGAAAAUUGACAGAGUAUAUAUCGGUUCUUGUACUGGUGGAAAAAAAGGGAGGAUUUUAUGGCUGCAGCCAGAGUUUUUUCUAGCAUCUAUGCUGACUUCGGAUAUUGUUUACAUAUUCUGUAAUGCUGACUUCAAUUGA